AUGGGCGCGGGCUCGUCCGUCGACAUGGCAAAUGCGGGGUUGGAGCUGCCCGACGGCGGGCCGCCGCCACCCGGCGCCGACGCCGAGUUCGACGCCCUCGUCGAGGCCGAGAUGCGCAAAAGGAGCUCGGGGACGGAGCCCGGAAUCGCGCCGCCGCCGCCGCGCGGCGCGGACCCGGCCUUCGACGCCAUGGUCGAGGCCGAGAUGGUGCGCCAGCGGGGCUUCGCCGAGAGCUACGCCGCGCGCAACCGGGACCUGUUUGAUCGCGACCGCGCCGUCGACGACGCGCGCAUCCGCGCGGCCGUCGAGCGCGCGUCGGACCGGCGGGCCUACGACGCGCCGCGCGCGAGCGAGCCGCCGCCGCAGCAGCCAUCAAAGCCGUUCGCCCCGCUGGGCGCGCCGCCGGAGCCGUUCAAGCCGACGGGCGACCCGCGCCGCGACGCCAAGCUCGCGUACGCGGCCGCGCUGCGCGAGCAGAUGGCCGCGCCGAAGAGCUCGCUGCGCCGGAGCUGGGGCUACGACGCGCUGCCCGACGACGACGCGCUCCGAAGCCCGCCGCGCGAGAAGGCGCCCCCGCGGGACGACGUUCAGGCCCCGGGCCCCCUCGGCGGCGCCUACGCGCUCCGCCCCGAGCAGGAGCCCCGCCGCCUCUCCUACGCGCCCGCGCAGCCGUCGCCGGAGCGGCUCGCGCGCGAGGACUACGCCCGGGACCUGGAGCAGCAGAUGCGCGAGCGCGAGGCGCGCGACCGGGCCGCGCGGGCCGAGGCCGCGUCGCCGCCGCCGCGGCGCGCGCCCGUCGGCGCGUUCCCCGGCGCGGCGGCGGCGCCGGCGGCGCCGGCGGCCUUCUCGCCGCCAAUGAAGCAGGCGGCGGACCACGCGCUCCAGGGCCGGCGCGACGCGCGCGCGAAGCACGUCCGCGAGGUCUACGGCGCGACGGGCGUCGCCGCCGCGGCCUUCGGCGCCCCCGGCGCCGAGGCGCCGGCGGCGCGCGCCAAGUCGAUCACGCGGCCGCGCGACGCGGGCCUGGAGCAGGACCGGCGCGCCAAGGCCCUCGAGCAGAAGGCCGCGCUCGAGGCGCAGAUGCGCGCGAACCGCGAGGCCAAGGAGGCCGCCGACCGCAAGCGCCGCGAGGAGGACGCCGCCGAGGACGCGAAGUGGGCCGCGAAGGAGGCCGAGGACCGCCGCCGCCGCGAGGAGGGCGAGCGCGCCAAGAAGCAGGCCGAGCAGCAGCGCCUCGACGACCUCUACGCGCAGCAGGAGGCGGACGCGAAGAAGCGGCGGAACCGGCGCCACGAGGAGCGGACGACGCCCCUCCGCUCUCCGGCGCCGCGGUCGCCGCGACAGCCGCCGUCCGCGCAGCUGCGGUCGCCGGGGUCGCCGGCGGUCGUCAACACCCAAGCGCGGCGCACGCCGCCGGCGUCGCCUCCAGUACCAUCGCUCGCGGCCCAGAAGGUGCCCGCCGCGCUCGUGCGCGCCUCGGCGGCGCCGGGCACCAAAAUCUCCGACGACGACCUGGAAAGGGCGGCCUCGGACUUCGAGGCGCGCGUCGCGGCGGAGCUCGAGCGCUUCCAGGACGACCGGCGGAGGCGCGUCGCGCGCGCCGCGCUGCCCCAGAACGCGGGCGGCGCGCUCGAGUCGCUCGCCGAGAAGAUCCAGCAGGCGCCGGACCUGCGCACGCUCGCGGGCCUGCCGCCCGCGGCGCCGCGUGCGGCGGCCGCCGACGACGCCGUCCCGCACAUAUCCGCCGAGGACGACUGGGGCGAGACGUCGCUCGCGGGCGAGUCGACGUUCGUGCCGCUGCCCGAGCGCGUGGCGCGCGCCGAGGCGGCCUACAACCUCGCGGACACGCCGCCGGCCUCGGCCGGCGCGCUCUCGCCCGACGCGAUCGCCGACCGCUGGCAGCGCGACCACCCGCUGCCCGGCGCCAAGGCGCGCCGCGGCCCCGCCGCGCGCACGUCUCGGCGCCAGAACACCGUCGAGCAGUCCCUCGCCGGCGAGUCGUCGUUCCACGCGUUCAUCGACCCCGCCGACGAGGCCAUCACCUCGCCCGCGCCGCCGGAGACGUUCGAGGACCUCGCGGACCGGAUUCCCGACGAGUCGUUUGAUUCUACCUUGGGGGCGUAA